GGAAAGGAUUGGUACUUGCUGCGUUUAGAAGUUACUGUGACAGAUGUGAAUGACAAUUCACCUGAAUGGGCCAUGGAGCCAUUCCCAUUCUUGGCUGUGGUGUCUCCUAAAGCUGCAGCGGGAACACCAGUAUAUAAACUUCUUGCUGUGGAUAGAGAUGAAGGAGUCCAUGGAGCUGUAGAAUACUUUCUCCUGGAAGGUGGAGAAGACAGAUUUAUUGUUGAGAAGGACACUGGCUGGAUUAAAACAACAGGAUUGCCACUUGUAAAGGACAGAGAGUACCUCCUGACGGUGUUAGCAGCAGAUAAACUUGGUAACAAAGGAUCUCCUGCCUCUAUUUCUGUGAUUGCUGGGCUUCGACCACCACAGUUUACCAACAUAUCAUAUGUUGCUAAUGUUCCUGAAAACUUUCCACAGGGAAAAGUGUUUCUUACCGUUUCUGCUUUGUCCUACCAAAAUGAAUCCCUGAGCUACAGCUUACUCACUAAUCCUACUGGCCUAUUCAGCAUCCACCCAGCAGCAGGAGAAAUCAGCUUGACUCGGAGUGUCGAUUAUGAGAGCGAUCAACACCAGUACCUUCUUCUGGUUAGAGCAACAGAAAGCCAGGAACAAUUUAGCAGUGCAGUUGAGGUUUUGGUUGUAAUCAGAGAUGUGAAUGAUUGUGCCCCAGAAUUCCAACAGUCAAUAUAUAGCAAAGAUAAUGUUCCUGAAACAGUUACUAUGACAACUGCACUUCUGCAAGUGGCAGCUAGCGACUGUGAUUCGGAACAAAAUGCUGAAAUACUGUAUUACACGUUGAGUCCAGAGUUUAGUAUUUCUUCGGAGGGUACUAUCUUUCCAGCAGAACAGUUGGACUAUGAGCGACCCAACCAUCUUUAUGAGUUUAUAAUAAUGGCUGUAGAUAAAGGGGAAGAGCCAAAGACUGGCACAGCGACUGUUAGGAUCCAUGUUUCAAACGUGAAUGAUGAAGCACCUGAAUUUUCCCAGGCAAUCUACAGAAGUUUUGUUUCUGAAGAUGCAGGUCCAAAUACAUUGAUUGCUACAGUAAAUGCUAUAGACCCUGAUGGAGAUGAUGUGACUUAUGACAUUCAAGCAGGAAAUCAAAAGGGAAACUUUGUUAUUGACCAUCAGAAAGGGUUAAUUAGACUUCGCUCAAAUCCACUUCCUAAGCUUCAGGGGGCAGAAUAUGUUCUUAAUAUCACAGCUACUGAUGAUAAUGCCUCUGGAGGGCCUCGUUCUCUCACUAGCACAGCACUUGUCAUUGUGAAAAUUGACGAUGUCAACAAUAACAAACCUGUAUUUCAGAAGUGUCAAGAUUAUCGGGAACAUGCUUCUGUGUUGGAAAACCAGCCUCCAGGGACAUUUGUUCUGCAAAUUGAGGCCACUGAUGCUGAUGAAGGAGCCAAUGGUAGAGUGAAAUAUGGCAUGAUGCACAGAGAUGGUGUCUUACCAGCAUUUAGGAUUCAUCCUGAUACAGGAGUCUUGACAACUGCUCAGAGAUUUGAUCGAGAAAAGCAGAGGGAGUAUCCUAUUACUGUGACUGCAACAGACCAGGCUGCAGAACCUCUCAUUGGGAUCUGUCAAAUAAAUGUUGUCAUCCUGGACCAAAAUGACAAUGAUCCCAGAUUUGAAAACACCCGCUAUGAAUAUUUCCUGAAGGAAGACACGAAAAUUGGGACUAGCUUUCUUCGUGUUGCAGCCCAUGAUGAUGAUUAUGGUUCAAAUGCUGCCAUUACAUACUCAAUAGCAAAUGAAGAUCCAAAGUAUUUGCAGGUCAAUCCUAGUUCAGGCUGGGUAUAUGUCAACCAACCCAUAUCUCAGAAAUCCGUUAUAACUCAAGAAAUUAUUGCCACAGAUGGAGGAAACAGAUGUAGUAAGGUUGAAUUAGUAGUAACAAUUACCACUUCAAAAAAUCAGCCCCCACAAUGGGAAAGAGGAAGUUAUGAAGUUGUACUUCCAGAGAAUACUACAAGAGAUACACCUAUUGUGACAAUUAAAGCAACCUCUCCCCUUGGUGAUCCCCGUGUGACGUACAAUCUGGAAGAGGGACUUGUUCCAGAGACCAACAUGCCAGUUCGUUUCUACCUGACUCCGAAUAGAGAUGAUGGGUCAGCUUCAAUACUGGUAGCUGAGCCAUUAGAUUAUGAAACAACAAAGAACUUUUUACUGAGGGUUCGGGCACAGAACGUUGCUGCAGUUCCUCUGGCAGCAUUCACCACUGUCUAUGUCAAUGUAACAGAUGUCAAUGACAAUGUGCCUUUCUUCACUUCAUCAAUUUACGAGGCCUCUGUAACAGAGGGAGCUGAUAUUGGGACAUCUGUUCUUCAAGUCUCUGCCACUGAUCUAGACCUUGGUCGGAAUGGGGAGAUCAGUUACUUUCUGUUACACGACCGUAGUGGGGACUAUACUUGUUUUCGUUUGGACUCACAGACGGGCUCAAUAUAUACUACUUCAGUAUUUGACAGAGAGAAGAAGGGCUCAUAUCUUUUAGAAAUAAAAUCUGUAGAUGGCUCUGAAUCAGCUCGACCUGGAAAACAUGGGCAACCAAACUCUGACACAGCCUACGUGCGCAUUUUUAUCAGCGAUGUGAAUGAUAACAAGCCUGUCUUCACUCAGAGUGUCUAUGAAGUUAAUGUAGAUGAAGACCAAGAUGUGGGCUCUACUGUCAUUAUAGUCAGUGCUAAUGAUGAAGAUGAAGGAACAAAUGCUAAACUAAGGUACCAGAUCACAGCUGGAAAUAUUGGUGGCGUACUUGAUGUUGAACCAGAAACAGGAGCCAUCUUUAUUGCUCAACCACUGGAUUAUGAAGAAGCUGAAAUGUAUGAACUACAUUUAUUGGCCUCUGACGGUAAAUGGGAGGAUUAUGCAAUUAUCAUCAUCAAUGUAGUGAAUAAAAAUGAUGAGGCCCCAGUUUUCUCUAACAGUGAAUACUAUGGAAGUAUUAUUGAAGAACUGGAUGGGUUACCAGUCUUUGUACUUCAGGUUGCAGCAAAUGAUCCUGACAGCAGUGUGGAUGGAGGAGAUUUGAGGUAUUCCUUGCAUGGACAUGGGGCAGCUGAGGUCUUCGCCAUAGAUGAAAACACGGGCAGCAUUUACUCUCAGAAGAUUCUGGACCGAGAAGAGCGAGCACUAUGGAGAUUUGUUGUGUUGGCAACUGAUGAGGGAGGAGAAGGACUUACUGGAUUUGCUGAUGUAAUUAUUAAUGUAUGGGAUAUAAAUGAUAAUGCCCCCAUAUUCGUGUGCAUGCCUAAUGAUUGCAAUGGGAGUGUCUUUGAAAAUUCUCCUGCGAACACGUUGGUCAUGGAAAUGACAGCCAUAGAUUUAGAUGACCCAAAUGUUGGUCUUAAUGCAGUUUUGACUUACAGGAUAAUUGAGAAUGCAAAAAAUGGGUUUGACAUUGAUAUGUUUAAUAUCAACCCCAGUACUGGUACAGUCCAUGUGGCAGAGGGGAUGCUAGACAGAGAGAGGACUGAAAAAUACCUUCUUAUUGUAGAAGCAAGAGAUGGGGAAGGGUUGACAGGAACUGGUACUGCCACCGUAUGGGUUGCAGAUGUCAAUGAUCAUAUACCUAAAUUCACUCAAGAGGUCUGGCAGGUGGUGAUUCCUGAAAACAGUGCGGUCAACUCAGAAGUUAUGGAAUUAUCUGCUGUAGAUGCAGACACUGGGGAAAAUGCUCACUUAACAUUCAGCAUCAUUGCGGGAGAUCCAGAUCAGAAGUUUUACAUUGAAAAUGCUAAAGAAGAUCAGCGCGCAGCUAUCCGUUUGAAGAAGCACUUGGAUUAUGAGAAACCUCACGAAAGGUGGUUUAACCUCACUAUUAAAGUGGAAGAUCUUGAUUUUUCCAGCAUCGCAACUUGCCUAAUUGAGGUUGAAGACUGUAAUGAUCACAGUCCAGUAUUCGGUUCUCAGUUUGUUCAUACAAGCCCUUUCUUUGAAAACAUACCUGUAGGUACUCCAGUCACUGUGGUGAAAGCCACAGAUGAGGAUUCUGGUGUGAAUGGGAAUAUUAUAUAUUCUAUUAGAUCAGAUUCAGAUCCUUUGAGUCAAUUUGCAGUUGAUCAACAGGGUUAUGUGACUGUGGCAAAUGCACUGGACCGUGAAGUUAUUCAGCAAUACCAUUUAAUUAUACAGGCUUCAGAUCAAGGGAUUCCUGCCCAAACUGGAAGUGUUACAAUCCUGAUUAACUUGCUUGAUAUUAAUGACAAUGGGCCAUGUUUUGAAGCACCCUACAUGCCUGUGGUUUGGGAAAAUAUGUUGGGGCCUCAGGUAGUAUAUAUGAACCAUACCUCAAAGCUUCUUCAUGCUUUUGAUCCAGACAGUGAUGAAAAUGGACCACCUUUUACUUUUUCACUGCCACUAAGUUAUCAGAAUUCUUUGGAUUUUUCACUUACUGACAACAGAAAUAACACAGCCACCAUCAAGGCUCUGAGGUCUUUUGACAGAGAAAAGCAGAAAGUAUUUCAUCUGCCAGUAAUUAUAGCGGAUAGUGGGACUCCAUCUAUGAGUGCUACAAACACACUGACCAUAACAGUUGGUGAUGAGAACGACAACAGCCAUGCAGCAGGCCAUAAGGAAGUCUUUGUCUACACACAUAGAGGAAAAUGGUCAACAACAGAGCUUGGGGAAGUGUUUGCACCAGAUCAGGAUGACUGGGACAAUAAAACAUUUCUCUCUGAAGGAAAAAUGCUCAAGUCUUUCAGGUUAAAUCAAAAGACUGGCUCUCUGGUAAUGGUGGAUAAUGCUCCUCAGGGGACAUAUGACUUCAAAGUCAGAGUUUCAGAUGGAGUCUGGCCUGAUGUUGUAUCUACAAUACAGAUCCAUGUCAAAGAGUUGGAAAAUGAAGCCAUAUACAAUUCAGCCACUGUACGUCUGGCAGAUGUCACAGCAGAGGAGUUUAUAAAGAGAGAUGAGCAUGGGAAGAAUAAACAUGACCAGUUUCAGGAGCUACUGGCAGAAAUCUUCUCAGCUCAACCUAGUGAUAUCAAUAUCUUCAGUGUGAUGAACAUUGACAGGCGACACACAGACUUGAGAUUUGCAGUUCGUGGCAGCUCUUCAUAUUACAGACCAGAGAAAUUGCAUGGUGAUAUUGCAGCAUUUAAAAACAAGAUUCAAUCGGCUUUAAAAGUGAACGUUUCACAGAUCAAUAUAGAUGAAUGCAGGAAGACAGACUGCAGUGGGAGCAAUGGUUGUACAAACUACUUCAUCGUGAGUGACACCCCAACUGUCGUGGAUGCUGGAAGUGUGUCAUUUGUCUCUGUAACAGCCAACAUCAGCACAGUUUGUACCUGUUCAGCUAGAGACCAACUUCAUCAGUCCUGUGCUUCCUACCCCCAGAGCCCAUGUCUCAAUGGUGGGACAUGUAUUGACACACUGAAUGGGUACAGAUGUCGUUGUCCUGUUUCAUUUCAUGGACCUGAAUGCCAGCAGACUAAGCUCAGUUUCCAUGGAAAUGGAUAUGCAUGGUUUCGUCCCAUCCAGCCUUGUUUUGAGAGCUUACUAUCCCUAGAGUUUAUUACUGAGGUUCCAGAUGGACUUUUAUUGUACAGUGGUCCUUUAUCGGAUCCAGAGCCUGAGAAUACAGAAAAUUUCAUUGCAAUAGAACUUUCCAUUGGUAACCCCAUUUUAAAAAUGAACCAUGGUUCAGGCACAGUGAUGUUGCAGUUCCCAAGUCACGUGAAUGUGACAGACAAAAAGUGGCAUCAUCUUGAAGUCCGAACUAAUGGCCAGGAUGUUCAAUUCACAUUGGAUCACUGCAGCGCAGCGACUGUUUCGGAGAUGGAAGGAGUUGGUAAACGGUUGUCGACUGAAGAUCGCACAAAUUGUGAGGUUGCUGGUUUGAUUCCCCAAGGAGGAAGGUAUUUGAGUGCAAACCAAGUUCUUCAGUUGGGAGGUGUCAAAGAAUCAAUUCCAUACUCCUAUCCCCAAUUACAACACAAGCAUUUCAUAGGCUGUCUGCAAAAUUUCAUUUUGGAUACUCGGGUAUAUGACCUUGAAUCUCCUGCAGAGUCCCUGAAUAGCUCCCCUGGUUGCACAUUAACAGAUGGGAGCUGUGAGACCCUGGGCACCUCUUCCUGCGGUGUUCAUGGGAGAUGCCUUGGUGAAUGGGGCUCAUUUAGUUGUCAUUGUUUGCCAGGUUAUUAUGGCUACCGAUGUAAUAAAGUUGCCAAAGAAUAUACAUUUGGCCCAGGGAGCCACAUCCGGUAUCAGCUUCCUGUUGCUGUGUCUUCCCGCAGAAUGCUCUUAGAGGCAAUGAUUAGGACACGACAGCUUGACAGUGUCAUUGUGAGCAUGGCUUCUCGGAACAAGGAUGAAUACAUCAUCCUGCAGGUGUCUCAGGGAUUCUUAAUGGCUUCGUAUAACCUGGGUGAUGGAAACUAUACUGUAAAUCUUUCCUCCUACAACAUUGGCAAUGGUGAGUGGCAUCAUAUCACCUUGGAGAGAAUUGAGAAUGAAUUCACCCUUCGCCUGUAUGAAGGAGGUGGGAAGAGAGAAACACUUAGAGCAGCAGGAGUUUACAGAGAAAUUAUAAUUGAUCCCAGCAGUUUGGUGCUUGGAAAUACUUACCCUUUCAAUCCAAAUCAGAGUUUUCAAGGAUGUAUGAGGGAUGUCAGAUUUAAUAACUACAGGAUGCCUCUGGAUACUCACACUAAGGAGCUGGUGUCAGUAUUAAGUGUCCAAGGAGUGAAAGAAGGCUGCUCUUCAGAGGCCUGUAGGAACAACCCCUGUAGCCAGCAGUUUAUUUGUGUUGACUUGUGGAUGAUGCAUGAAUGCAGUUGCCCCCCAGGACACAUGAUCAUGGAGAAUGCCACAGGCAGGCACUGUGUCUAUACCGCAUGUGCCAAAAGACCCUGUAACUUUGGUACGUGUAUCUCCCAGUCUCCAACCAAGUUCCGAUGUCACUGCCCUGAUGGCUACACUGGCCAGAACUGUGAAAUCACGCUGGCUGUCUUCCGCGAGGAUGCAGGCCUGAGCUUCAGCUCCAUAUUUGCCAUCUGCAUUUGCUUCUUGACGCUCUUAGUUCUGUUCUGUGGGGUUUUCCUGUGGACCCGCUGGAAGAGUCAUAAAGGUUUGAAUGGAGGAGUUUACCACGUGUCUGCAUAUCAUGAUGACUUGGAGGACAUCAGAGAGAAUAUCCUCAACUAUAAUGAAGAAGGGGGUGGGGAGCAGGAUCAAGAUGCUUACAACAUGGCAGAACUCCAGAUGUCUAUUCAAACCAGCCCAGCCUAUUCUUUCUAUAAGAAGAAAGGGAAGAUGACAGAGCUGAAAAGCCCGUUGAGCAGUGAUGUGUCACCCAGCCCAAAAGAGCAGCCAGAAGCACCUGCAACUACACAGAGCUCCUCCUUUGCCAGUGAAGACUUUGGUCGUUAUCUAUUGGAUGUCGUUAGAGAUGCUGACCAGCAGCCCCAGGCUUUGCCUUGCGAUUCCCUACAGGUAUAUUACACAGAGGGAGAGGGCUCAGUUGCCAGCAGUCUCAGUACCCUGGGUUCCUCUGGACUGGAUGAGGACGCAGUGUAUGAUGACAUCAAGGAGUGGGGACCCAAGUUUGAGAAACUAAGUGAGCUGUAUUCACAUACAGAGGCAGAUGAUGUGUAGAUGACUGUGUGCACUUCAUUUAAAAUCUUAAAAGCAAUCAUGAAGGGCUAUUCAGUUGUUCAUGCAUUUGUUCUUUGCCAUACUUUAUUCAUUAUGACAUAGUCAGUCCUUUUAUCUUUGACUCUUGUGGGAUGUAAUCCAUAUUCCCACCGAAGAGCCUUUAUCUGAAUCUAGGAAAUAGCAAUGCAGGCUAAUCUAGGGGGUAAAUUCUGGACCUUUGGGCCAUUUCCCUUUUGGGCCAGAAACCACAUGGAAAGAACAAAAGAAACUCUAGGGACCUUCUUAAAAAGUAGUGAUUAGUUUAGGGAGAAAAGAGAAUACAAAACAUAUUGUAGUCACAUGAAUAGUCUGUGGGUGUUUUGGCAACUGUCUAGACAAAGCAUGCAUCUUGCCUUCUCUUCCUCGAGGAGUAAAGAAAAACGAGACUAUAUACAAUUUUAUAUUCUUACGCGUUCAUUUGAGUGUGAUGUCUGCACUAAGGUGGAAUCCCUGGCUCCAUGCAUCUCAGUGAGCUUGCUUUUCUUUUCUUUGGUUUAAAACUUAGCAAAUCUCCUUUCUGCUGCUGCUAAAAAUGAGCCUGGACUUGAGAAGACAACAGGAAAUCAGCUACUUGCAGCUGACCUCUUCGCUUGGACUACAUUAAAAGAGGCAGGGUUCCCUCUCUGGGGGCUGGACUAGAUGACCUCCUGAAGUCCCUUCCAACCCUAAUUUUCUAUGCUUCUAUAAUAAAUACCCCAAAGAUCAAUUAUUCAGAAAUGCUGAUAAAAGCCAGAACCGGAAGCUUCAAGCUUCUAAAACAAGAGCUGAUUUCUUUUGUGUAGUGCCCAAGAGCCAGAAUUUAGGGCAAGCCUGAGUCAUGUUGUUUGAAUCCAGGUCCUGUGCCUCAAAGGACCAUUGAUCCAUUAUGGUGUAAAAACUGUGAGUUGACCUGUGUUUAUAAUUAAAUGACAGCAGAGCCCCGGUGCUGCAACUCCCGUGCAGGGAGUGAGCAGUGGUGGCAGUUGGGGUGGGCAGAUCCCAUUGCAGUCCCCUGCAGAGCGGGGAAUAACCCCCUACUUGCCCCUCCCCACAUAAGGGGGGCAUGCUAGCCAGCCUCUGGUGGUGCUUCCGCCACUGUGGCAGUGAGGGAGGAGCGCCCAGCAGACCCCGACUGAGGUCUGUGGGAUAGAGAGGGGGAUUAAACCCCUUUCCUGGCCAGUUCACUUUAGGCUGCUGCCGCGGCUGGGCAUACCCCCACUGCUGGCGCAGAGAGCACAGCCCUGAGAGCAUGCUGGGAUGUUGAAAGACUCUGGUUUAACUUAAACCAGG